GAUCCCGGGGGACUGCUCCCCUGCCCCUGCCUCUGGCCACCGGACCGGUGCCUUAUUUUAGACGUGGCGACCCGGGCACCUGCUGCCGAGGCCCCCGAACCUCGCCCAUUGUUCGCAGGCUUUGGUCCCCGGCGAUUUGGACUGUUUGUCAUGGAGACGGGGGGAGGGUGGGGCGGUGUCCAGGGACGGUGCCCUUUUCCCAGAGGUGGCUCCGGACGCAUCGCCUGCGGGACCCGAGCCGAGGAGCCCCCGCUUUGUCCUUCUCCGGAGGCUCUCCUGCCGCGCAGCGGCAUCUUCUCCGGCUACAGAAUAUCCAGGCAGCUAGGGAGCAUAAAAGCUGCUUUCCAAAUUUAGAUGGCAAUUUUAGAUGUGAUGCAGGACAUCAACUAUUCUCAAGUGUGCUAAAGUCCAAUUCUGCUGACCAAGCAUCUACGCAAAUGACCAGGCAGUCUCUUCAGAGUCAUCCUUAUGAAGUGUAAAAAGUGGAUAGUGGCUCACAUGUCAAAGGAUGGCACGGUCACGCUCUAGAUCCCCCAGGUGGAGGCACAGGUCUUUAUCACCAGUACCUAGAAAUUCUGAACACUACAAGCAAAGACCUGAGCAUUAUGGCUAUGAAUAUAGGAAGGAUCCAAAAAGACCCGUCACUUGGAGAAUGGACAAUGAGAAACAUGGACAGAGUAAACCAAGGGUUCCUUCUCGUGAAACUCUACAUUACCGAUCUUAUGAACACAGAUCAUCUUCCCCAAACAUAAGAAGAAACUCUUUAGAAAAUUUUUAUACUUAUAAGCCUCCCCAAGUAUAUUUACCAGGAAGAGGGGAUGAUAGUAACCGAAGAUCUCAGUAUAUGCCCAAAUACUCAGAAGAUGUACUCUACAAGGAGCACCAGAGGAAUUGUUAUCCCCAGAAAGUGCAAGGAAGGUAUUUUCCUGAUGACCACAGAGUUAGAGGAAGUGGAAAAGGAGGGAAACCACCUCUGAGGUCAAUAGCAGAUUCUUUUAGAUUCGAAGGACAGUGGCAUGGAGAUGAAUUGAGGCACCAGAGGAUACAAGACGAAAAAUAUUCUCAGUCACUUAGAAGAGGCUCUGAAGAUUUUGAGAAAAGGAGCUCUUUUCAGAUGAGGUAUCCUGAGGAUCGUGAUUUCAGAAAAUAUGGACACACAUCAAAAAGACCUCAAGACGUGGAGAGGUAUGAAAACAGAGAGCCUGCCAGGAGCCCGCAGUGGAAGUCCAGGCAUUUUCUCCCUUCUUACCAAGAGAAGAAAGAUCAGUGGAACCUCGGACCCCAAACUCUUCGAUACGCUCCGAGGGAAUUCCCAGAGACCAGUUCAGCAGCCAGGGUAUCCUGUGACUAUCGCCACAAACAUCGUAAGACCUCAGAUGGGGACCAGGACUUUUAUGAUGGAAGAACUCAGAAGUACUCUAAGGAGGAAGAUAGAAAAUUCGGUUCUCAAAAAGGCCCUGUAAAUAGAGAGUCCGAUUGCUUUAAUGCUGGAAGAGGGAGAGAGACUGAAGGUGGGCAAGUCAAAGAGCCUUUUAAGCCAUCUAAGAAAGACUGCACUGCCUGCACUCAUUCAAAUAAAAGCGAUGUUGGUUUGAGACCCUGUAAUGACAAACGGAAGGACAAAAUAAAGAAAGAAGGGUCUGGCAGAAAAGAGAGCAACUCUUCCCAUAACCGACUUGAUAAGAGUAAAAAACUUUCUGACUGGAAACCUUCAUCUUCCGUUCUUAGGAAGGAAUCACUUACAGUUAAAGUAGAUGUGAAGAAAACAUCCAGGGUUGCUUCUAGCUAUUCCACAGAGAGACAGAUGUCACAUGAUUUGGUUGCUGUUGGCAGGAAAAGUGAAAACUUUCAUCCAGUGUUUGAACAUCUUGACUCAACUCAGAAUACUGAAAACAAACCUACAGGAGAAUUUGCUCAGGAAAUCAUAACUAUAAUCCAUCAAGUUAAAGCAGAUUAUUUUCCAUCACUUGGAAUUACUCUACAUGAGCGUUUCUCAAAAAUGCAAGUUACACAAGCUGCAGAUGUAAAUGAAUUUAAAUUGAACUCAGAUCCAGAAAUUCACAGGAGAAUAGAUAUGUCUUUGGCCGAACUUCAGAGUAAACAAACUAUGGUAUAUGAUUCACAGCAGACUCUGGUCAAAAUAAUAGAUCCAAAUGACCUACGACAUGACAUUGAAAGAAGGAGAAAAGAACGGUUACAGAAUGAAGAUGAGCACAUUUUUCACAUAGCUAGUGCUGCAGAGAGGAGCAAUCAGCAUUCCAGUUUUUCAAGGUUGAAGAAUACUCAUGUUGAUGGAUUCCAAAAACCUACAUGUUUGGUAAAAUCAAAUUUUAGAAAAUUUAUUCAGCAACCUUACUUGAAUUAUACUAUGCAGAGAAAAGACGUCAUUACUCACAAACCAUUUGGAAUUGAGGGAAACCAUCAAAAUACAAGAGGCUUUAGAAGAACUUUUAAGACCAACUUUAGAGGUGGCGCAUUUCAGCCCCAGUAUAAAUCAGGCCUAGUACAGAAGAGCUUGUGCAUUCAGGCUAAAUAUCAGCGUUUACGGUUUGCUGGUCCAAGCGGAUUUAUCACUAAUACAUUCAGAGAAAGAUUACUGAGGAAAAAAAAGGUGCUGCUUCUCUUCCUGUCUCAUGUGGCAAGUUUCUUUGCAGCAGAUCUUCUAGGCAUUCAUCCCCAGUCACAGGUGGCAGCCUGGCUGUUCUCAAGGAAGCUGGUCAUUGAUCCCCACUCGAGGAGGAAGGGUGAGGCAAGCCUUUUCCUCAAUUGCAAGGUUGGGUUUCAGGAAUAUACAAACAUUGCCCCAGCAUUCUAAUCUUGAAUUGUUACAAAUGGAAAUGACACUACAGGAUGGUAUUUGGGAGCAUCUUUUUGUCAAGAGUUAGAAUUGGCAAUAAAGCACUAAUACUAUAACUAUCUUGAUGAAAUGACUUUAUUUUUCCGUAGUGGAAUGCUGCAACUUUUUUACACUUAACAACUGCUUUUAAAUUACAGUAUUCAAUUUAAAAGUUGUAUUAACUACAGCUUCUUUUGCAAAAAGUCUCAAAAGGGCAUUAUUUGUUGAUGCAUUUUUCUCUGAGCAUGGUUUCAUAGAGAACUGAGUUAUAUCCAGACGUUUCUAUGUUGAAAGUUUUGCUUAUGUAAUAAAAACAAAAACAAAAGUACCUGAAUUGUAUAGUGUCUGUACAUGAAAGAACUUUAAACAGUGGCCUUACAUAGCAAUUUUUAUACCAGAUUUUUUUUUCUGAUGACAUUUUGGCUUACAACUUGAAGUUUUCUUAAGCUUCUGAAGAUCAAGGUCUAUAUAAUUCAUAAUUUCAUAUUAUGACAUAAGAAGACGUAAGAAAAGGUGCUUCAAAUUUUCCAUCAGGUAGUUAUGAGUGCACUGAAUUUUUAGUAAUUGGUUCAUUCAGUUUUUUUCCACAACUAUUUGCUCUUUUCCAACUUCAAAAUGCUAUUGUGGAAAAUACAUAAAGAUUUUAUAAUCUGUAUUCCAUCUUACUUUCCCUCAGGGUAAGCUCAUGCAUAUCAUAUUUUUAAAGGCUUUUAAAAAAAACUGACAGACAAAAUCUCAUAUUCAGAAAUUGUACUUUACUACUACAGCAUUACACAUUUUGCAAGCACAUAUUAUAAAGUGUUUAUUUUCAGUUCAGUUGUAUUGAGUACCUACUAUGUGUAAGAUAACAU